AUGGCUGUUAUUCCUCGACGUCAUUAUCCAGCAUUUCUACUUGGUCUGAUGCCCGUAGUUGCUGACUGGGCACAAAGCACUAUCGUCACCAGUGUCUCUGCUGGCUAUUCGAAUUUCACUGUAGCAAAUGUUCGAUUCUCUCCCAAUGUGACUUCAAUGAUUUCAACCUUCUCCUAUCAAGGUUUAGUUAAUUUCUCAGGUGGUUCACUGUUAUUAUGUAUUGUUAUGACGGCUAUUUUAAUCUAUGCAAUCGACCGGAAGUUUAUCCGAGCGGCCGUAUGGUCAAUACUCGCAGGUGUACUUGCCAUUUUUGGAGUUAUUCAUGCUAGUUCUGUGGAUUUAUUGAUCAAGACUACCGAUGACGGAUGGAGAUUCACGGUAGCCUAUUCGAUGAUGGCAAUCGUGUUCGGAAUCUUGCAUUUAGUACAGCGGAGAAAUUGGAUCAAAGCAGCAACAACAGAACCUGAUGAUCUUGCAUGA